UUUCAAACGAGUAAACAAACAGUGGUUUCACUCAUGAGUUGCUUUUCAUAUGACAACCAAUUGUCUCACAUUUCAGAUGAUUAUCACACCAUUUAGUGAUCACAACAAGACAUGACAUCACCACUGGAACUGCAAUCGCUGACCAUCUCGGGAGUGGAGGUGUUGUUCCCAUACAAACCAUAUGACAUUCAAUUGGAUUACAUGAAGAGUAUUAUCCACUGCUGUCAACAGCAAAAAGUAGACGAAAACCAGUCGUCGGGCGCCGUCUUCUUCGGUGUCUUUCGGGGAAAACUCUCCGAAGGAAUCGAUUUGCCGGACGACUACUGUCGCGGCGUUAUAAUGACUGGCCUUCCCUUCCCAGCAGUGAUGGACCCGAGAGUUAUACUUAAGAAAGAGUAUCUAAAUAAAGCAAACACUGGACUCACGCCUAGUGUUUGGUAUGCAUUACAAAUGAAACGAGCAUUAAAUCAAGCGAUCGGACGAGUGGUCAGACAUAAGGAUGACUUCGGAGUCAUUAUUCUUAUGGACUCGCGAUUCGCAACCCUUUCCGACGGUCUGUCCAAAUGGAUCGAGAGGUUCAUUGAACACAAUGACAACAAUCAAAGUCCUUAUGUGAACCAAAACCAAUAG